AUGCCCGUCACCCUUUCAGUGGCGGAUCAUGCCUCUAAGAUCUGGACUGGACACAAAGCCAGCACUGCGGGCGACCUACCCCAAGAGUCAUGCCAGCAAGAAAGCGAGCAAAGCAAAGGCAUCCUCCGAAGCUCGUUCUCGCACGACCUCUUGAGUACGAACCACAUCUCGCCAUCGAAGCACGGACUCGUAUAUGCAGCCUUCCUCAUGUCGUUCGAGGAGCCAGCUGCGCCGGCUGUCAAAGACUUCUGGGGCAAGACCGCUCAUCAUCAGAGUGGUAACAGCGGUCCCACCUACCUCUCGGGGUGGAUUACAGCAUUCUGCUUCUGGGAUGAGAAGGGGCAGAGCCUCGUUCGUCUACCAGACCGGAACGGGUGCGAGGUCGACGGUGCCUUGUAUCAUCGCGUUGAUACCAAGCAGAUCCCGUCAGACUACUUCUCUGUGCCGGUCACGCUGAACGACAAAGGCAAGGUUCACCACACGAAGAUGACAACUGGAUCCGUGGGCAUCCAGACCUCAUAUUCUCCGAGCCGAUUCUCCACAGGCAUGCCGUCAUCUAAGCAGAGCGGUAUCAGUACUGUCGACGCGUCUCGCACAGCAAUAGCUGGGAGCGCCCAGCGUGACACGCUUCAGCCAGUGUCUGGGUGGUGGACGUUCGAGGUCGAUCCGAAUGCACCUGACCCAGAAACUCAACACAAGUUGAGGGAGCAAAAACAGUUGGAGCAUAUCAGGAAGCAGUUGGAGGAUUCGAGAAAGCGUUGCGAUCAAGGUGUCAAAUAG